UGCACAGAGGGGUUCACCAGCAGGAUGUGUUCUGGCACUGCAAAUCAUACCGGUUACACAACCGCAGUCAGCUCAGAGUUCCAGUGUAAAACCAGAAGUCAUUUUUAUUAGCUUUUCUUGACUUUGCAAACAUUUAUCCUGUAUUCCGGGGACGCAUGCCCUGCAUUCACAGUGCUCAGCCUCAGCGAUGCUUUGAGAGGGACAGACCUGAAAGUGAAGCUGCUGCUCUACACCAGGCAGAACCCAAACUGUGCUGAAGAGCUCAAUUCAACACCCUCCAUGUAUCUAGAUGUGACCAAGAAAACUACCUUCAUCAUCCAUGGAUAUCGACUCACAGGCUCCGCCCCAGUCUGGAUCCCUGACUUGGUACAGCGCCUGCUUUCUGUAGAAGACAUGAACAUCAUCGUGGUGGACUGGAACCAGGGGGCAACAACCCUCAUCUACAGCCACGCUUCUGGAAACUGCAAAAGAGUUGCUGAGGUUUUGAAGAAACUCAUUGAUGAGAUGUUGGUUGACGGAGCAUCACUCGACUCCCUGCACAUGAUUGGAGUGAGCCUGGGAGCGCACAUUUCUGGCUUUGUGGGGCAGAUGUUUGACGGGGCACUUGGAAGAAUCACAGGUAAGCCCUUCCUCCCAUCAGCCCUUUUCCUUCGGGGACAGCUGCUCCGCGUGAGCUGCACUGGAGGGAUGCCACGUGCACGGCUCUGCGUUGCAGGCCUUGACCCAGCAGGCCCCUUGUACAGAGGAAAGCCACCCAGUGAGAGGCUGGACCCUACGGAUGCACAGUUCGUGGAUGUCAUUCAUUCGGACACCGAUGGACUAGGUUACGGAGAAGCAUUAGGCCACAUAGACUUCUACCCCAAUGGCGGGGACGACCAGCCUGGCUGUCCACUGACAAUAUUUUCCGGGUUGCAGUAUUUUAAGUGUGACCACCAGAGGUCUGUUCUCCUGUUCAUGUCAUCCCUGAAACAGAGCUGCAACAUCACCGCCUACCCCUGCAGCUCCUACCGCAGCUACAGGCAUGGCAAAUGUACCAGCUGUGAACCCUUUUGGCCUCUGCCAUGCCCCGUUCUAGGUUAUUAUGCCUAUGAGUGGAAGAGCUACCUAACACAGCAAAGCCAUCUGGGAUCAAGCAUGUUUUUCAAUACAGCAGACAAGGAGCCAUUCUGUAUUUAUCACUACUUUGUGGACAUUAUUACAUGGAACAAAGACACCAGGAGAGGCACCCUCAGCAUUGUAUUAGUGGAUGAAACUGGGAAGAAGGCAGAAUCCAAAGUUAAUCCGGAAGCCACAGCCUUCCAGCGGUUCAACCAAGUCACUUUGCUAAUUGGAUUCGACCAGGACUUUGAAAACGUGGAAAGGAUUUCCUUGAUGUUUUCCACGGGAUCCGUCAUCGGCCCAAAAUUCAAACUCAGGAUUCUCCAAAUGAGGUUGCGGUCGCUUACAAAUCCAGGAAGGGCUCAGCUGUGCCGGUUCGACCUGGUGCUGCCCGAGGGCGCCGCGCGGACCUUCCGGCCCGUCCCGUGCUAAGCGGCCGGGGCUCCAUCGCGGCGGGACACAUCGAACAGCGCGGAUGCGAGACAUUGGAUCCCUCCACGUCCGCAGCCCCGCCCGCAGCCCCGCUCCGCAGCCCCGCCCACAGCCCCGCUCCGCAGCCCCGCCCGCAGCCCC